AAAGUCAUAGUAUAGUCCAAUGUAAGUCAGGGAUUUAUCAAUUGCUAAGGAGAGAUAUUAGAGCUAGAGCCGCGGAUGUAGACUGAAUACGCUUGUUGCUCUUCCAAUCCCAGGAAGCGAAACACGCUUGGAACUUGAGUGAACUGUUGGACUAAGAGGCAUGGGUGCUACGUUAAUUUUGAUCCACAAACAAACUACAGGCUAAUUGUCUGUCUCUUAUUCCGAUAAAUACGUAAAAAGUAGCGUUAUCCAUCGAACUCGAUUGCGGAAUCUUUCAGGACCAAAUUCUAGUUGGACUUCUAAAUUGCAUCCAGUGGCUAACGAUCUGUCUGUCUGAUGAUGAACCUCAUGACUUGUAACAUUCACACAUUUGUUGAGGGGACAGCGAAGGGAGUCAUUUCUCUGGACUAAGUGAAGAGCUCCCUCCUGAAGAAGUUUGAAACAUGCCCUUGCCAUUUGGCUUAAAACUCAAAAGGACUCGAAGGUAUACUGUGUCAAGCAAGAGCUGUCUUGUCACUCGAAUUCAGCUGCUCAAUGGAGAGUUUGUUGAGUUUACUCUUUCAGUGGAGAGCACUGGACAGGAAUGUUUGGAGGCAGUUGCUCAGAGACUUGAAUUAAGAGAGAUAACAUACUUCAGCCUGUGGUACUUCAACAAGCAGAACCAGCAGAGAUGGAUUGACUUGGAGAAGCCACUUAAAAAGCAGCUGGACAAGUAUGGGCUGGAGCCCACCGUUUACUUUGGAGUCGUGUUUUACAUACCCAGUGUCACCCAACUGCAACAGGAGAUCACAAGAUAUCAGUAUUACCUACAACUGAAGAAGGAUGUUCUUGAGGGCAGGAUCUCAUGCUCACUAGAACAAGCUAUUCGUUUAGCUAGCCUGGCAGUUCAAGCUGACUUUGGAGACUUCAAUCGAUACGAUUCCCAGGAGUUCCUGCAGAAGUUUGCACUGUUCCCUAUUGACUGGAUUCAGGAUGAGCGAGUCCUGGAAGAGGCCACUCAGAAAGUGGCUCUUCAUUAUCAGUCCUUCAGGGGUUUAUCAGCCCCAGAGGCAGAGAUGUUGUAUAUGCAGGAGGUGGAGAAAAUGGAAGGCUAUGGCCAGGAAAGUCAUCAAGCCAAGGAUAGUACAGGCACAGAUGUUUCCAUGGGAUCCUGCCUCGAUGGCAUCUUUGUCAAGCACAAAAAUGGCAGGCCGCUUCUUUUAUUUAGGUGGAAUGAAAUUAACCACAUGAGUCACAACAGGUCCUUCUUUGUCCUGGAGCUAGCCAACAGAGAGGAGAGUGUCCAGUUCCAGACCGAAGACAUGGAAACCUCCAAAUAUGUGUGCCGGAUGUGUCUGGCCAGACUCAAGUUUUAUAAGAUUAACAAGAGUAGCCUACAAACCCAGCCUACAGUUGUCAACCCAGUCAGACGGAGAUCCUCUACUAGAAUAUCUCUGCCAAAGCCUCAGGCAUACAUGGUGCCACCUCCACAAAUGCACUACAAUGGUCAUUUCGCAGAGCCUUACACAUCAUCACAAGACAACCUGUACCUGAACAGUCAGAACGGUUAUUACUACCACUCCCAGACCAGCCUGGACUGCUCUCCUCUGGAAUACAGCAGCGGAGGGCGUUUACGUAACGGCAGUGUGUACAGCGCCCACAGUACCAGCUCUCUAACCAAUCCCCAGCACUAUCAUCAGCCCUCACCCAUGUCCUCUAACCCCUCUAUCACUAGCGAUGUCACAAGGCCGGACUAUGUUCCCUCGCAUCGCCACAGCGCUCUCAUCCCACCUUCCUACCGGGCAACUCCUGAUUAUGAGUCAGUGAUGCGUCAGAAGAACCGGGGUGGAGGAGGAGGGAUGCUUUUGUCUCAAGAACAUCGGCAGAGCCACUCCAUGAGAAACCUGAACAUUGGGAACUCGUACGCCUACAGCAGACCAGACCCUCUAGUUUACAGCCAGCCAGAAAUCAGAGGGGAGCAUGGCGGAGCAGCCCAACAUUAUCACUAUCCCUUCCAUCUGGGCUCCAGCUUCCACAGUCCCUCUCCAUAUCCCUACCCUACAGAGAGGAGGCCCGUAGUGGGGGCAGUUAGUGUCCCGGAGCUCACUAAUGUCCAGUUACAACAAGCACAGGAGUAUCCAGCCCCUAACAUCAUGAGAACACAUGUGUACCGACCACCUCCACCCUACCCAUAUGCCCACCCUCGGCCUGCUAACAGCACACCUGACUUGUCGCGUCACCUGUACGUCAGCAGUAGCAACCCAGACCUGAUCAUCACGAGGCGUGUACAUCACUCAGUCCAGACUUUCCAAGAGGAUAGCCUGCCAGUUGCCCACUCUUUACAAGAGGUGUCGGAGCCUCUUUUCAGCGGACCCCCACUGAGACACCCAUACCAUGCUCAGAAGCGGAACUCUAUUGAGGUUGCUGGAUUAGCACAUAGUCUGGAGGGGAUGCGGGUCAUAGAGCGGACUGUGUCUACUUCAGCAGCUGAAACUGCCACGCCCCCUCCGGCCCUGCAUGGAGGCCGCUCUCAGGGCUCUCAGCUCAACGUGUUUUUGGAACGUACAAAGACAGAGGACAGGGGGGACAGGGGUGAGGACGUGCAGUAUGGACACAAAAAGUCCCUUUCAGAUGCCACCAUGCUAGUUCACAGUAGUGGUGAAGAAGAGUUUGAGGACGAUAGCGGACGUCACACUCCACUUUCUCAGGAUGCAAUAGCAGCGAAGGUUCCUGACCAGCCAUCGCAAAAGCACCACAGCUUGACAUCUCUCUCAUCUCUAACGCCUCAGCAAAAGACUCCUAUAGAACCCCCUCCCGCAUAUCCCAUAGGCUCUUCUCUUGAUCCCUCUAUAACCAGCUCCUUGACUUACAAGGUUCACCCCCUGAUCCAGGAGAGUGAACCUUUGUACUUGCUGUCAGAUUUACGGCAGCCCAGGAUUAUGCCCUCAGUCUCUGAGGGAGACCUGAGUGGCCAGGCCAAGCAGAAGACUAAGAAAGACUUCAAGAAGAGGCCUGUGUCUGAUGUGCCAGCUGGGAAGAAAACAGUAGAAGGUUUGCCCCCUCCGGGCAUGAAGAAAGGAGCUAGGUCAGAGGUGAAGAAGAUGGGCCCUCUGAAGGUAGCCCAUCUAAAUGGCCUGUCAGUGUCCAGGCAGCCAAUGUACGAAGAGGUCAAGGAUGAGCCCGAAAGAGCCUCUAAUGACGAAAGGUGUAAAGAGCUGGAGCAGCAUAUGGAGAGGGGAGAGCUGUUGAAAGAGUAUGAGAGUAUCCCAAAGCGUCAUCCAGCAGGGGAAUGCACCAUCGCCCAGCUGCCAGAAAGCGGAGACAAAAACCGCUUCCAGGACGUCCUGCCUUAUGAUGACACCCGAGUGGAGCUGGUUCCCACUAAAGAGAACAACACAGGAUACAUCAAUGCAUCACAUAUUAGAAUAACAGUAGCUGGACAGGAGUGGAGCUACAUUGCCACGCAGGGUCCCCUGUCCAACACAUGUCUGGACUUCUGGCAGAUGGUGUGGGAACAGGGUGUCUCCAUCAUCGCCAUGGUCACUGCUGAAGAGGAGAGCGGCCGAGAAAAGAGCUUCCGGUAUUGGCCCAGACUUGGCUCACGACACAACACGGUGACGUACGGUCGCUUCAAGAUCACAACACGGUUCCGCACAGAGUCCGGCUGCUACGCCACCACGGGGCUAAAGAUCAAACACCUGCUGACGGGCCAAGAGAGGACUGUCUGGCACCUGCAGUACACAGACUGGCCUGACCACGGGUGUCCUGAGGACUUCAAAGGCUUCCUCACCUACCUGGAGGAGAUCCAGUCUGUGAGGAGGCACACAAACAGCAUCAGUGACCCAAAGAACACCAACCUACCUGUGCUGGUCCACUGCAGUGCUGGAGUGGGAAGGACUGGUGUGGUCAUCCUGUCUGAGAUCAUGAUAGCCUGUCUGGAGCACAAUGAGAUGCUGGAUGUCCCAAAGUUCCUGUCUAAGCUGCGAUGUCAGAGAAUGAUGAUGGUUCAGACCUUGUCUCAGUACACCUUCAUCUACAAGGUCAUCGUCCAGUACCUCCGCAACUCCAGGCUCAUAUGAGAACGUCUGUCUGGCCAAACUUAAAAAAAAACAGUACACACAGCCAUCACAGGUGAUUGCAGCAUGGAGUCUGUUCCAGGUUUAUGCCAAACUGCACUGUGAGGACGCAGCCGUAUGAAUCUGUUCACUGUAGCGGUCGGUAUUUGGUGGACCCCGUUUGGUCAAGUAUUAAAUCGGGAAUGACUUGUGGAAGAAUGAAGUGAUACCAAAUGGAGCAUAAAGACUUAUGACCUGCCUUUAAACAGUAUUAUAUAUUAUUUUUUACAUACAUUAUUGCUUAAUGAAGCCCAGCACUUUUAAAGUACUUUGCUGUACAUAAUAAACCAAUGUUAAGCUGCAUUAAAAAAUCUAUAAUAUAGAUAUGUAUCAAGAACUGUAUUUUCAUUUGACAAAGGUCACGUUUUGGAUUGCUGUUUGGUAACUAUUGGUUCUGAUAAUGAAGGACAUUUCUGUAGUGAAUGGAUGAGUGGAUAAGGCUCUGAAAACAGCAGAUUGGAUCAUGUUAAGGUUUCAUUAUUUUAUCAUGUGGCCUGUGGUGGUACAGACAGGGGCUUGUCCCUGCAUUUAACUUAAGAAUAUAGAUUUUCGUUCAACAGAAUGACGCUAAUGUAUACCUCGUAGCUUGGCUGUGUUGGUAUGAGCAAUUUUUAUGUUUAAAAAAGACCUCAAACAACCUAAGAUCUAUCUACAACACAGCACCUACUAAUAACAAAUGGAUAUUCUCUGUGCACAAAGAGGGGGGGGGGGGGAUGGAUUGGUCUGUUAAACACUGGAUUGAUGCAAAGUAGAAAUACAUUGCACAGGUUCCAGAAAUGUAUAGUUAAUGAGCAAAGAAAAGGAAUUACAGAGCCGGUUUUAGAAGCAAGAGUAAAACUGGAACAUGAAUUUUAUACAGAUUUUUCAUCCUUUUUUUAUAAUGAGAACUCUUGAGUGCUGUAUUUGAGCAAGGUCAACAUACUUUAACAUAUGUUGUCAAGACAAAGUGCCUAAAUAGCUGCCUUGUAAAAGUUGAAAGGACUGUAUUUUUGCAUAAUAGACAUUUUUUGAUUCAGUGUUAUCCAAUGCAGCGAUAUGUGUUUUUAAUGCCAUCUCAGUACAUUUGAGAAACAUGCCUGCAUGACGCACAAGGAUUGGAAACUAUUGAUCAUCAUUUCUGAAUUUGGACAAACAUUCUUUAAGUUGUGACUGUUGGGCCUGGGAGUCACUAGUAAGGACAUAGAAAUUGGGAAGUGAGGCCUUUAACAGUAUUGAGAUGGAACUAAGUGCUCUGUGAAAAGGCCGGACCACCUCUGUCUCAGUAUGGUGGCCGUCCCGCUCGCGUCCUCCACAUUGACCGAUGUCCCUGUGCCCAGUGUGCAGACAUCCUGCUGUUAAAAAGGGCCUUUGACUAGUAAUGCACACUUUUCCAAUUCCCUGCUAGCCCAGUUAUGUUGUUUACUUGUACAAAAAUGCUUACAGGCAUGGCAAAGUUAACAUCAAGUCAAAUAUCUUUUAACUAUGUUAAUUUGAAAUAUUUAAUACACAACCACAGACUUAAUUUGGCUGUGUGAUUGUUGGUCUCUCUUUUGUCUUACCCUUAUGUUUUUAUAGUUGGUGGCAGACAAGUGGGCAAUGAUCUAACUGGAGAAAACUGUCUUAACUGAUGUAGAUAUGUUUUAACUGGAUCUUUUUUAAAAGGCCCAGAUCAAUUUGGUUCAGGUUUUGUUUUUAAAAUACUGAUUAAGUCUUUGUGUGGAGACUGAAAAAAAGUGUUUUUGUGGCCAGAGUGUAACAAUGUCAUGUACAGGUAUGUUGUUCCUAAUGUACACAAUUUAAAAUUCUGCUUUUAUGAAUAUUGGUUAUUGUAAAGACUAUGUGCAAACUAUAUUGAACACAAAUGAGAUGCCAUUGAUAAAAGAAAGUGUAGAAAAUCUUUUAAGCCAAGAAUAAAUAUUUGGAAAUAAA